AUGAAGACGCCAUGUCUCGAUCACGUCUUGCUCAUUCCCAGCCCGUCACUGGUGCGGCGGUGGUGCCGGAGAAAAGUCCAUUUGUCCUUUUCCAACCUCACCUCGCCACGGCCACUCGCCUCGGAUGCAGCAACAUCCAUCCGCUCCAGAAUGCAGAAUGACCAUGGACGUGGAUUCAAGGUAGCGCCCGAGGCGAGGUCCAGGGCAAACGUGGCCCUUGCCGUUCCUCACCCUCCGCUUCGACCGACCAGGUCGGCGACCCAGCUGCGGCCCGUGUCGCGAGACGAACCGAUGUUUCAGCGGCCCCUCCGGAUGCCCGAAGGCUGCUCGACCGUGAGGCGGAAACCGCACCCCGUCGACGUGGCCGUCGAUGAGCUCCCUCCUCCCCCUCCCGCCGACCCGCUCCCAACCUCUCCAAGCCGGGACAUUCGACGCGUCAAGAGCUCCUCGGCCCUGACCCUCUCCGCCGCCGACGCGUCGUCGGCCGUCAGCUCCAAGGCAAGGGAGACGUCGAGGUGGAAGGCGGCCCUCGGCGAGGCCCAGUACUUCGCCGGCGGCCUCGUCAGCCGGCCCGCCGAGUCGACCAAGCACCACAGCAUCAUCCGCCACUCCAACGCCCUCGUCUGGUACAAGGGGCCGACGACGUCCGUCUCCAUCUCCAUCCUCUCGGACGAACCGCUACCCGAGGCGAGGAAGCUCUGGCUGCAGGAAAAGGGCUUCACCGGUGGCGUCGGCAUGUCCCUCAAGGCCUGCGUCGGCUCGACGGCUGGCUGGCUCGACGUCACGCCCGCGAGGCAGGCCCAGGUGGAGCAUCUCGACGAGGGGGAUGAGCGGGCCAUCCAGCGAGACCUCAAGCGCUUCGCCAAGAAGGCGUCGGCACGCCUCGCCAAGCACGUCGCGCGGGAGACGCACGUCGUCCGCAUCCCCGCCGUCGCCGCCGACGGCUACUUCCGACUCGUCCUCGGCGCCGGCAAGGACGGCAAAAAGGUUCUCUGCGGCAGCCCCGUCUUCCGCAUCGCGAGCACCUCGACCGACGUCGCCGUCGUCCGCGGCGCGAGCCUGAGCACCAUGCCGCUCGAGGUCGGCGUCAAGUUCGCGAGCACCAUCGGCCAGCAGAUGGCCAAGAAGUACGCCGGCCUCGCCGGCGCCGUCGUGCAGAACAGGGCGACCAAGGUGGCCCGCUACGCCACGGCCAAGAAGGUCGGGCACACGGCCUACCAGGGGUACCAAAAGGUUGGCCUGGCCGACACCGUCUCGAGCAGCUGGGAGCAGAGCAGGCAGAAGACCUACGAUCCGCUCGUCCGCGGGCAGCCGUCGGAGCCUCUCAUCGCCACCGUUGGCCCGGAGGCGGGCCCGGAAACGCCGUUUCCUCUCAAGUUCCAGGGCCGCGUCGCGAGGGCCAGCGGCCGCUCCUCCGACGAGCUCGGCUUUCCCACGGCGAAUCUCGCCGAGGUGCCGGAGCCCAUCCGGGUGCGCCUGGGCGGCGUCUUUGCCGCCUGGGCCAUGGUGCUGCCGGGAAAGGGCUUGGAGGAUGUGUGCCACGACUGGCUGGAAGCCGUCGUCACCGUCGCUCCUCCUCGCGGCGCGCCGCCGAGCGUCGCCAUGCACAACGGCGUCACUGUUCACAUCGCCUACGACUUUGACGGAGCCACGUUCUUUGAUGCCAAGGUCAAGAUACUUCUCAUGGGCUACCUGCACCCGGCCUCCGCCACGGAUGACCCUGCCGAGCUGGCUGGCGAGCAUGCCCAGGACGUCAUGACGACCCUGGCCAGCCUCGGACGCGACGCCUGGAGGCCCGACGAGACCGUCGCGCAGAUGAAGACGGUCAAGAGCGAGAGAAGCUUCGGUGACAGGGUGAACGAUGCGACGGGCAAGAUGGUACAGCACGUCGACAGGAUUCCGCUGCACAAGGCUGGCGUGAGAUCCAAAUCAGCCACGAGGAGGGACCAAUUGCUCGGCAUAGGAGGACUCUGGAUUGCGAGGUGA